ACUAUAUAAUCCAUAUGAACCUCAACAUUACUCCUACCAGAAAAAAAACUAGUAUCGACAUUCCUAAAACAAUGUCUUCAUCCUCCUCGUCUAAACGCAGCGUUUCACUCUCUCUGUUGGCUUUAGCCAUACAACUUCUCUUUAUACACAGCGUUUUGUCCCAAAGUCAGGACAAUGCGUUCCUCUACCACAAGUGUUCUGACAUUGAAGGGAACUUCACUUCGAGGAGUCCGUACGAGUCAAACCUCAACAGUCUCUUUCCUCGUCUCUCUUACAGUGUUCCAUCAAGCGGUUUUGCCGCUCUCUCGACUGGUAACAAACCUGACAACGUCAAUGGUUUGGGCCUAUGCCGCGGCGACGCCUCCCCUUCUGACUGCCGAACCUGUCUGGCCACAGCCAUCCCCGAGCUACGUAAGAGAUGUCCGAAUAACAAGGCAGGAAUAAUAUGGUACGACAACUGUCUAGUCAAGUAUUCAUCGACCAAUUUCUUCGGAAAGAUUGAUUACGAGAACAGGUUCUAUCUGUACAACGUCAACAACGUGAGCAGUCCAGCAUCAUUCAACACGCAGACCAAAGCUAUUUUAACUGACCUGACGAAGAAAGCAACUGCUGGAGGCCACCAGAAGCUGUUUGCCACAGGGGAGAAGAGUCUAGGGGAAAAGAAGCUGUACGGAUUAGUGCAGUGUACGAGAGACUUGAGGAGUGAGAGUUGCAAGGCAUGUUUGGAUGGGAUUAUCGGGGAGCUUCCUAACUGCUGCGACGGUAAAGAAGGAGGGAGAGUUGUGGGUGGGAGUUGUAACGUUCGCCUUCAAUCCACAAAAGUCAAUGGAUUUUAGAAGUGAGUACAUGCUGACAUGUUCAAUUAUUUCAAACGGAGAUAUCCAACUUUAUAAGCAGCGUAAGUCUUCGUAAGAGAUUCGUUGAUUCUCACAGAAUACCGUUGAUUACAAGAAUGGCGAUAAACAAGCAUGAUGAACUUUAGUCAAAAAAAAAAUCAAGCAAGAUGAACUUGAAAAGCUCUGGAUUAUAUUAUUAUAAAACGUGACUCUUUUACA